GAAUGCUCUCGCAGAUUCGCUUCAAUCUUCAUCGACAUGUUCUCUCUCUCUCUGCUCCUCUUAUGCGUGCCUCUUGUUUCCAGCACACCCCACAUGCACAAGCAUUAUGUGAGAGUCGACACUGCGCCGCUGAGCGGGCAAUAUGAUUCUGUCAAUGUGGGACAGUAUUCGUUGCUGAAUAAUCUUUGGGGCGAGAAUGGUGCUGCCUCUGGCUCUCAAACCUCUCAGAUUACGUCGAUGAAAGGCAGUACUAUUGCCUGGAAAACGAACUGGACUUGGACUGGCGGAAACGGAGUCAAGAGCUUUGCCAAUAUCCAGCUUAACACCGGCAUCAAUCAACAGCUGAGCACUAUUUCCAACAUGCCUUCUACUUGGCAUUGGUCUCAGUCGAACACCGGAGCGGUCGUAGCCGACGUCGCCUAUGACUUGUUCACAUCUGACACACCUGGCGGCUCGAAUACAAACGAAAUAAUGAUCUGGCUUGCAAACGUCAACUCUGGACCAAUCUCUGCACAGUACAACGCUGCGGGUCAUGCUGUCCCAAUUUCGAAAAACAUAUCGAUCGAAGGUCACAAAUGGAACUUGUACUCUGGAUCCAACGGAUAUAACCAGGUUUACUCUUUUCUCCUGACUAGUGGUACAGUCAAGUCGUUCCAGGGCGACAUUUACCCAUUCCUUUCGCACCUAAUUGAUAACGAGGGCAUGAGUACGUCACAGUACCUCACCACUGCUCAGGCGGGCACAGAAGCUACGUCUGGAAAAGCGAAAUUCACUACGUCCGCCUACAGCUUGACCAUCAACUAAAGUGCGGCACAUGGUGCAAGGACCAUAAAUUCUCUAUGGCUGACCACCAUCGAAUUCAUUCCUCCCUUCAUCACCUCACCACGCAACUCCAUUUCAGCUUGUGCAGGACAUAAGCAUUAGCAAAGCACUUACAGUCAUUGCCACUCCAUUUAAAUCUUGCCUCUCACUUGCACAUCCCACUCACUCCCUACCCAUUCGUUUUUCGUAUAGACGGCAUGCAAGUCUCGUACAGCAUCGGAAUUAACCUAGAAUAAAGAAGAAAUGACUGUCUUCUGUCUAUUUGGUCUGCCUAGGGGAGACUAGAAUUCACCUCGUUUUGACUCAGACUCAGGAUAAGUCUAUCAAUUCAUCAA